CACGGCGGCCCCCGCAGCGCCGGACGCUGGUUGCGCGCUCCCAGGCGCCGAGCGGCCGGGGCACGCGCGCGCGCCACCGGCCCGGCAGGUGGGUCCCGGCGCCCACGCCGCCUGUCCCGCCCGCGGGACCUGGGCCGUGGGCUCAGUAGCCCGCCCUGUGCCUCCGGGAGGGGAGUUCCGGGCGCGGGGGUAGCGGCCGAGGGCUGGAGACCUUAAAAGCGCCUCCUAUGGCCAGAGGGGAGCCUCCGGCGGGAGCCACCUCUCGGGGGCGCAUCAUCCUGCCCCCCCGUGCUGUCCUUAUUCCCAGCCCAGUCAAGAGCUACCGGGACUGGCUAGUCAUGGGGGAGCCCAGUAGAGAGGAGUAUAAAAUCCAGUCCUUUGAUGCAGAGACCCAGCAGCUGCUGAAGACAGCACUCAAAGAUCCAGGUGCUGUGGACUUGGACAGAGUGGCCAAUGUGAUCGUGGACCAUUCUCUGCAGGACUGUGUGUUCAGCAAGGAAGCAGGACGCAUGUGCUACGCCAUCAUUCAGGCAGAGAGUAAACAAGCAGGCCAGAGUGUCUUCCGGCGUGGACUCCUCAACCGGCUGCAGCAGGAGUACCAGGCUCGGGAGCAGCUGCGAGCACGCUCCCUGCAGGGCUGGGUCUGCUAUGUCACCUUUAUCUGCAACAUCUUUGACUACCUGAGGGUGAACAACAUGCCCAUGAUGGCCCUGGUGAACCCUGUCUAUGACUGCCUCUUCCGGCUGGCCCAGCCAGACAGUUUGAGCAAGGAGGAGGAGGUGGGUGGCCCCAGCCCCAGCACAAGCACAGAAGGCUGCAGGAUGGACAGUCUGGCUCAGCCGAUUGUCAGCCCACUGCUCACGGAGGUGGACUGUUUGGUGCUGCAGCUGCACCGGGUUGGGGAGCAGCUGGAGAAAAUGAAUGGGCAGCGCAUGGAUGAGCUCUUUGUGCUGAUCCGGGAUGGCUUCCUGCUCCCAACUGGCCUCAGCUCCCUGGCCCAGCUGCUGCUGUUGGAGAUCAUUGAGUUCCGGGCGGCCGGCUGGAAGAUGACGCCAGCUGCCCACAAGUAUUACUACAGCGAAGUCUCCGACUAGGCCUCCAGAUCAGGGCUGCCUCGCCAGCACUGGCCUUUCUUCUACCCACCUCUGAAGCUGGCAGUGGAGUCUCUGCCUCACUCAGACUUUUCCCUUCCAGACUUUGAGUGUCUUCCCUUCUAGACUUUCCCAUCUCCUGGUGAGAUGUUUCCCACUUAUGCUGUGGUCCUACCCUGAGCCCCUUUCCCCACCACAACCCACCAGGGCCAGGCAGAGAAGGGCAAAUCCCAAGAGCCACUGCACUGUGUAACCAUUAGUGCACCUACUACCUUGGUGCCUCAGUUUACCCAUCUGUAAAAUGGGUAAGCGUAGCCAUUGGUGGGGUGCUUUGGGAUGUCAAGGGGCAGAGGCAGAGCACAAGUCACACCAAAAACUGCUUUUUAUACAUUUUGUACAAAGACAACUAUGGAAACAAGCCUAUUUCCUCCAGCCAGUUUCAAUGAAUGCUGCACCACAUGCUACACCAGUUCAGCGUUGAGAAUUUUCUAAUAAAUCUUUUCUGAUACUAAAA